AUGAGCCGUUCAACUUCAAAAAAAUUGCAAAAAUUUACAUGGGUUACAAUGUUCUUCGGGACUGUUCUACUGGUCUAUUACCUGAUGUUUUCUUCGAAAAGUUUAUUUGGACGCAAUGAGCAAAAUUCGUAUGCUUUGUAUAAUUUGAGAAAUGAAAAUUAUCAACGAGAAGCAAUUAUUAACGAGUUGCGACGUGAUUUUGCAAAAAUCGAGUCAAAAAUUGAGCAUUUUUAUUCAAAAACUUAUCGUCGGCGGUCAGAAACCGCACACGUUGACUGCGGACGAAUCCUAUCCGGUGACAAGGACUAUCUGCAAACUGUGUCUGGAGAAAAUAGGAUACCAAUGGUAGAAAACCCGAACCCCGACAUGUCUUGUUCCGCAGUUAUGGAUAGAAUUAUACCCCAUGAUCAUAUUUUGAGACCUCUGAAGAAUGGAGUAGCAUUCGCCAGAAUUGUCUACAAGGACUAUGAGCUUGUUGAGAAGCAAGUGCAAAUGUCCUAUCAUCCUCAGAACUCAUUUUGCUUCGCGAUUGAUAAGAAGGCGCCAACGAGAUUCAAGAAUCAGAUGAGAGCAAUGGCAGCGUGUCUUCCAAACGUUUUGCUUCUACCCGACCAAGAACCAAUCGACUCCAAUGGCCAUAACGUCAAUCUGGCACAUCUCAACUGCCUCCGCGCGCUGAUCAAUAAGCCCGGCUGGAACUAUGCGAUGCUGCUCCAGAAUCAUGAUCUUCUCACCAAAUCUGUGUACGAGCUCGAACAAGUUUAUGAAUGGCUUGGCGGGGCGAAUGAUGUGGAACUGCUGCCUGAAGCUCAGAGGCUUGAUGAAGAGAAUUUCAAGUGGGAUCCAAGGUCGCUGAAAAUGUUUCCAGAUGAAUCAAAAGUGGACGAAACGAUAUUGAAUGAGAAGAUAAAAUUCUCGAAGGGCGGUGUUCAGGGAUCAAUGUCACGGGCCGCCGUUGAUUGGAUGACUCGAAAAGUGAACUUGUCCACUUACAUAGAUCAAUGGAAUCAGGGAAGAUGGGGUGUGGAUGAGAUGCUGAUCUCCAGUCUGCAAAUCAGCGCGUUUCUCGGAAUGCCGGGACACUUCACGGAUCAAUGUCUCAAGGAGGGCAAGGUUACUGAUUUUAUUACAAGGAUGGUGCAAUGGAAUUUUGAGGAUGAAAGCUACUGUGCCUCUAAAUACAAACGCCACAAUGUUUGCAUUCUGGGAAUUGAAUAUCUGAGAUCGGUCGCAUCGUUUCCAACUUUGAUGUUUAAUAAGAUGCUUCCACCCUUUGACAAUUCCAUAAUCGAAUGUACCGCUGAGCUUCUCUAUAAUCGAACGUUCAUGGGACAAAACGACCAUCCACUGGAGGAGGAGUACUACAAAAAUAUGGUUACUGUUCUGUACCACAAGCAUCACAAGGAACACAACUAUACAUUGAACUGUGACCCAAAGUACACAAGUUGGCAAACUAGGCAGUUGCCGUUAUAA